AAAAUAUUAUGUGACAAUAUUACGAAAAUAGUAAGCCGCGUCUCAUUACAAGAAAAGCGAGGAGUACACGUCAUCCAUGGCGGAGGACCGUGGGUUCAUCGGAGGAAACAUUCUCGGUUUUGUGUGGAGUUGAAUUUAAGCACCGGAUAUGAUCUUGUACUUGUGGUAUGCUAAUGCGGUAGAGUUAAACCUCUAUGAAAUAAUAACCUCGGAGUCGAUAAUUUUUUUAGUUUAUCACAGUUAUUAAUUUAACCAGAUUAAUAUGCAAUAUCUGUGUUGGAAUCGGAAAACAUAUUAAAUUUUUUAAUUUAUCGUGGGUUAUUAAUCUAUCGAGGUUCUAGUGUAUGUGUAUGUGGAAACGAUAGGCUUGCUAGUAACUUUGUUUUUGGUCUUUAAAUUUUUUUGGUUUUAUACUGGCAUGUUAUGUGACAUGUUUGGAGAAACUUAUAAGUUAGUUCUGGAAGAGCAGUACUCAUAUAGAAACUUCUUUCAGUUAUAGUUAAUUCAAAACAUAGCUAAGGGCGAAACCGAGUCUUACUAAGGCUCCGUUUAUUCCACAGAAAAUAACAAAAUUUUUUUCCAAGAUCUCUGAGUAUUUGUUUGGGAAAAAGUUCUCGUAAUUUUGGAUAUUUUGGUGUGUGUUUGAUUAAGGAGAAUAUUUUCGUAACUUUCACGUGUUUGUUUAGUUUAGGGAAAAGAAAAUAUCUUCAAGAGCAGGAAAUUCUUUUUGAAAAUGUUAUAUUCUAGUUUCUAGGAAUCAUAACUCUUCCUCUACAAAAGAGGAGAACAUUUUCAAACGUUGAACAACUUUUCACCAUUACUAGAAUUUUUUGAUAAGUCAAAUAGAGGAAAUUGGAUAUAUUCUGAGAAAAUAUUUUCCAAAUUUAAGUCAUUUCAGCAAUUUCCAAAUUUAGUUUAUUUUCUUCGUUUUGCUUCAAGCAUAUUAUUUACGACAAUACUACUGUACUUGGAAGUUAUUUUUAUUAUGUUUGGUUUACAACAAUUGAAGGUAUGACACGAUGAAAGACUGGGGAAAGGGAUAAACUAGAAGGAUUACGUUAUUGAUAUACUUUUAUUAGUUCAAUUAUCAUGAGUGAAACAUCAUGUUGGACUAUAAAAUGAAUUUGGUUAUGGAAUUAUUCCUUCAGAAUUCUAUAAAUUCGGUAGGAAUUUAUAGCUAUAUAACAUUCCAUCCUAUGAACUACUACCUAAUGUAAUGCAGUCCGUCUACUUUGAAUGUAGUCAUGUAGUCCCUUGUUUUUAUCUUUAAGCAGUGAUAUAGUUUCCUAAUACUUCUCUAUUUCGGAUGUUUUCUUAGUGUAACGUGUGAAGACUUGCAUAAGUAGUAAUUGACUAAUUAUGCAAUGACAGUUUUCUCACAGCUAAUAUUCUUUUAAUUAUGCAUUUUCCUUUUACCUUUAUUGUUCCUCUCAGUGUAAUAUCCAAAUAUGAGGCAAAAAUAAAUAAUAAUUCUAUCAAAGAAUAAAAUUUCUUUGUAGAAAUUCUUAUAGAGAUACCAACAUAAUUUCUUAUUGAUUUAAGAUUAGUUACAAUUAGAGUAACAGAGACGUUAAGGAGGGUAGAUGCAGAUGAUUUUAUUUUUUAACGGACUUUGAUACCUUCCUACAACUAUAUAAUAAAUUAUCCUAUAUUUCCCAAAAGUUGGAAAAAUCUCAAUAAAAUAGUAAAAGACUAAGGGGGUGUAUUGAAUUGGGAUUUUAGAGCAAUUUUUUUCAUUCAUGAAAUCCGAGGGUAUUCGAUUGGGAUUGUUUGAAAUCCAUUAAAAUCUUAGGGCAUUCAAUUAGGAUUGUUUGAAAUCCAUUAAAAUCUUAGGGCAUUCAAUUGGGAUUUUAAAUUAUGCUACAAAAUCUGGUGGUAUUCAAUUAGGAUUUUAAAUUAUGUUUUAAAAUCCGAUGGUAUUCAAUUCAGAUUGUUUAAAAUCCAUUAAAAUAUGAUGUUAUUCAAAUGCCGAUGGAUUUUUUUGGAUUUUAUAAAAUGAUGGAUUUUGUGGGAUUCUUCAGUGUAUUUUAAGUUUUUUGAAAUCCCACCAAAAUCCAUGAGAUUUUGAAGCAUUGUGCUUAAAUCCUAAAGAAUCCAUAUCAACUCUGCGACAUUUUAUCAAGAAUCCGCACAAAAUCAAAAUCAAAAUCACAUACAAUCCAUUAAAAUCCAUAGACUAAAAACAAUCCAUUAAAAUCCCAAUCGAAUACACCCCCGUUAGUAUAAAGUUGACGUUUCAAUAACAAACAGUAUUUGGGAUUAUUAUAUAUAUUGUAAUAUCUAAGAUUCUUGAAAAAAGAGAAAGAAAUGAUUUUAGAAUUUAAGAUGCUUCUCAUUCAUCUUUAAAAGCUAUUCUACUAAUAAGCUAAUAUCAUUCAUUCCAUUCAAUCCUAAUGGAGAAUACCCAGUCUUUGCCCCUCGCUUUUGCUUUGUUUCUCUUCAUAUUCAUGGUGAUCAAUCUUUUGAAGGUUACUCCUAGUUCAGGGAAAUCAAAACUUCCUCCAGGGCCAUGGAAAUUGCCUUUCAUUGGAAACAUCCAUCAGCUUGUUGGUUCACAAACUCAUCACAUCCUCAGAGAUUUGGCCCACAAGUAUGGCCCCAUUAUGUCGCUUAAGUUUGGUGAAGUUUCUGCUAUUAUUGUUUCUUCACCAGAAGUUGCCCAGGAAAUAUUGAAGACACAUGAUCUCCAUUUCGCUCAAAGACCUUAUUUUCUCUCUGGAGAGAUAAUUGCUUAUAAUUUUUCAAACAUAGUCUUUUCUCCAUAUGGUGAAUACUGGAGAACACUCCGAAAAAUUUGCACAAUGGAGCUUUUUAGUGUAAAAAGUGUCCAAAAGUUCCGGCAUAUUAGGGAAAGUGAGGUCUCAAAUCUUAUAAAGACAAUAUCUCAGAAUUUGGGAAGCACAAUUAACCUUGGCAAGGAAUUCUUCACGCUUACAAUUGGGAUUACAGCCAGAGCUGGUUUUGGCAAGAGGGUUGGCGAGGAAAAGGUAUUCGCUGUGUUAAUUCAGGAAUUAGUGGAUUUGUCAUCAGGUUUCAGUGUUGCAGAUAUGUAUCCUUCGGUCAAAUUUCUUCAUUUAAUUAGUAGAGUGCGACCGAGAUUGGAGAAGGUGUACAAAGGAAUGGACAAGGUGUUUGGAGACAUUAUCAGUGAGCACAGAAAGAGGUCGGUAGCAGCGGAUGAAGAAGAUUUAGCAGAUGUUCUUUUACGAGUUCAGAAGGAUGGACUCCUUGAAUGUCCAUUAACUGAUGACAACAUCAAAGCAGUCAUCCUGGACAUAAUCACUGCUGGGAGUGAAACAUCAACAGCAACUAUGAUUUGGGCAAUGUCUGAGCUGAUAAAGAAUCCAAAAGUAAUGGAAAGAGCGCAGGCGGAAGUAAGUGAAGUCUUUAAGGGCAGAGAAACUGUUGAUGAAACAGGGCUUGACGAAUUAAACUACCUUAAGCUGGUGAUCAAAGAAACACUAAGGUUACACCCCCCUGCACCCAUGUUAAUUCCCAGGGAAUGCAGAGAGCAAUGUCAAAUCAAUGGCUUUGACAUUCCUGUGAAAUCCAAAGUUAUCUUCAAUGCAUGGGCAAUUGGACGGGAUCCAAGGUUUUGGGAUGAUAGUGAGAGCUUUAAACCAGAAAGAUUCCAAGACAGUCCGGUUGAUUUCAAGGGGACAGAUUUUCAGUAUAUCCCAUUUGGUGCUGGCAGAAGGAUUUGUCCCGGGAUCUCAUUUGCACACCCUAAUAUCAUGCUAGGAUUAGCGCAAGUGUUGUACCAUUUUGAUUGGAAACUCCCUGGAGGAAUUAAGAAUGAGGAGUUGGACAUGACUGAAGAAUUUGGCAUCACUCUGAGGAGAAAGCAAGAACUGAAUGUUAUUCCUAUUGCUCGUAAGACUUAUCCAAUGGAGUAAUGUCUCUAGAAUUGAAGAUUGAGGCAGGCUAGUAUGUCUGUAGCUAAAUGGCUGAACCUAUUUGCUUUCUUUUAAUAAUUUAUGAUUGUUGUUUUGAAACUUCUCUAGUGGAGUAACAUCUCUAGGAUUGAAGAUCAAGGCAGACUAGUAUGUCUCUAUCUAAAUAUCUGAACCUAUUUGCUUUGAAUAAAUUGUGAUCAUUGAUUUA